ACACACACAACACUCAGCAACACUUCCAGACAUUCUUUCUCGUCCUGCAGCACAAUGAAGAUUUGGGUGCUCCUCCUGCUGGUGGCGGUGACCAGUGCCAAGGUGUUCGACAGAUGCGAGCUGGUGAGAACGCUGAAAGCAGCUGGAAUGUCCGGCUUCAAAGGCGUCAGUCUGGCUAACUGGGUUUGCCUGGCCAACGCAGAGUCCCGCUACAACACUCAGGCCACCAACAAAAACACUGACGGCUCAACGGACUACGGCAUUUUCCAGAUCAACAAUCACUGGUGGUGUUCUAAUGGCCAGUUCCCCAGCCACAACGGCUGUCGAAUCUCCUGCAGCCAGCUACUGACUGAUAACAUCUCCGUUGCCAUCCAGUGUGCCAAGACCAUAGUGAGUCAGCAGGGCAUCUCAGCAUGGGUGGGGUGGCGUAAUAAAUGUAAGAACCAAGAUGUGAGCCGGUACAUCGCAGGUUGUGGAGUUUAAAUGAAGAACCCUGAAUGAUGGACUGCAAGCUGAAUUAACUGAAUUUUCAUAUUUUCUUUUCACAUAAACUAGCAAUUGUGCUAUAUUUGCUAAGCUUAAACCAUAUGAUCAGCUUUUAAUUUGGUAAACCUCAUCACAUGCAACAGUUAUGCAAUACAUUAUGCAAGCUUUAAGAAGAAAACAUGCUGCAAAUAGCAAAGGGGAAAUGCAUGAUUGUAGUGCUGUAAUGCUAGUAAUCAUUAUCAAACUGUAAUAAUGAAGACCUGUACUAUCAACAUGAGAAAAGGCAUUGAUUAAACAGCUUGUAAAUGCAAAGGCUUUCUAGGUUUCUUCUGCUAUAAAC